AUGGUGAGCAAGGAGGAAAUCGAAGACUGUCGAGAGAGGCUCAAAGAGUGCCGGUCUACCACCGGCCAGCAGGACCCAAAGCGAAUUCUCUCGAUCUUCGAGGAGCUCUCUAAGAAGCCCAUCUCUGUGGAGAUCCUGCACACGACAGGCAUCGGCAAGGAGGUGAACGACCGCUUCUUCAAGAACCAUGCGGACCAAGAGGUGCGGGAGCACUGCACUGAGCUCGUUCGCAAAUGGAAGGACUUUGCCUUGGGUAAGUCGGCGUCAGCAGCUCCUGCGGCCGCUGCAGCUCAGAAGAAGCCGGACUCGCCACCGCCGCGGAAGCUGGAGAAGCGGGCAGCCGAGCCGCCGGUGAAGGCUGCGAAGAGUCCGAAGAAAACGUUUGAGACUGGGCCCAACGAGGAGCUAGCCAAGCUCUUCGACGAGCUGUCCUCAUUCGAGUUCAAGAAAGGCGGCACCAGCAAGUUUGCCGGCGUCGCCUACAAAAGUGUGGCUGCUACUCUACGUGGGCUGCACGAGAAGGUCGACUCCGGAAAGUCGAUCGCUCAUCUGAAGGGUAUCGGAAAGGAAUCUGUUAAGAAGAUUGACCAGUACAUUGAGACCGGCAGCAUUGAAAGACUGGAGAAGUACCGCAACGGAGAGGAUUGA